AUAAACAAAAAGGAAUAUUUUCCAAAUUGGCCACUUGCACUUUUUACCCAAUAAAUACCCUAAGUAACCUCUCUUCUUCCUCCUCAAAAACUCAUUUGCUCUCUCCAAACACCAAAACCCAAAAAAAGUUUUAAAAGAGGUAAGACUAAAGAUGCUGAAGAUGUUGUCUAUAUUAAGGAGAAACCUUCAAAAUCUUCGAAAAAGCCCACGUGUGGCGGACGAAAGCGCCCUGCCUUCGACGACAGUUAACGGAGAUCAGGGGAGAGGAAACGGGAGUAACGGUGGAAUGAUGAAGUUUCCGUUAUCGAUCAUGUCAUGUUUUGCGGUUCCACGAGUAAGCCGGGCAGAUGGUGUUUGGGUGUCGGGAGAUUACGGUAGAGUCUCGGACGUUAACCAUCUCAUGGUUUGUGAUGGCAUGAGAUACGCUCUCUUAAUGUAAUUAUAUAUAUCUCGACUUAAUUUAGCUAGUAAUACACAUUUCUUUUGUGUUGAUGGCUUUAUAUUAGGGAAUCUAGUGAGAUAUACAAAGGCUGUUCACUUUUUUUCUUUUGUGUCCAUGAGGUUUGUGUUUAUUAAAGAAGAUGUCUUAGCUAGGAAUAUUUCACUUUUUUCAUUUACACAUCUACUUUUUGAUCUUUUGACUGUUAUGCUAGGUGUGUUUGAUAAACCUACCCACAUACAUAUUUGUUUACAUAACUUGGAGAUUCUUGAAUUUGAUAA